CUAGAAGCUAAUAUAUCAAUAAAACAUCUGCUGUUGAUGAAUGUUUUGGUUUCCAUAGUAACUUUGCUUGUAGUAAAACAAUAGCUGUAAUUUUAUAAAUGGAAAUCUUUAAAUUAAUAACCAGUCUUGCAAAAACUUACUAUCAUGUUUUAUAGUGGAUCAAUUAGUUUCGAAAACCAUCGUUUUUGAAGUAAAUGAACUCGACUAAUAUUUAAAUGAGUGUUCUAUCUAUUAUUUUAAAGAAUGCGUUUUAAAACAUAUCUCGGAAAAGAACCUCGGCAUUCAGACAUUGUAAGUUGCAUUGCGUGGAAUACGACAGAUGAAGUAUUAUCGUGUGCUGAUGAUCAUGAGGUGUUGAUUUGGAAUCUUAUCACCAAUGAAACAACUAAGCUGCUCACCCUUUCAAAUGAUCUCUUUCCAACUGAUAUGCAUAUAUUAAAAACAUCAAAUCCUUCUGGAUUGAAGAAACAAAUUGGUGGAGAUGUUUUUGUCAUAACAACUACUGAUGGAAAGUUCCACUUGAUCAACAGAACUGGACGCAUUGAAAAAAGUGUUGAAGCGCAUAGAGGUGCUGUGCUUGCUGGUCGUUGGAGUUAUGAUGGAACAGCUUUCGCCACUGCUGGUGAAGAUGGUAGUGUAAAAAUUUGGUCUAGAAGUGGAAUGCUGAGAUCAACUUUGGUUUCUACAAGCUUUCCUAUAUAUUCUCUUGCGUGGGGACCAAAUUCAGACCAAAUAUUACACACUUCAAGCCGCCAGCUCGUCAUAAAACCUUUACAGCCAAACUCUAAACCUCUGCAGUGGCGUGCUCACGAUGGUUUAAUUUUGAAAGUGGCCUGGAAUCCUAGUAACAAUCUUAUUAUUUCUGGUGGAGAAGAUUGCAAAUAUAAGGUAUGGGAUUCUUAUGGCAGAAUUCUGUACAGUAGCCAUGCUAAUGAUUAUCCUGUUACUUCUGUUUCCUGGUCUCCUAAUGGGGAGAUGUUUUGUGUUGGAUCAUUUAACUCUCUACGCCUGUGUGAUAGAACUGGCUGGUCUCAUAGUUUAGACAAACCUGAAACACAAAGUUUAUUUUGUUUGGAAUGGUCAUCAGAUGGAACACAAGUAGCAGGUGCUUGUGGAAAUGGACAUGUCAUCUUUGCUCAUGUUGUUGAGAGGAGGCUGGAGUGGAAACACUUUGAAGCAACUGUGAGAGGAAGGAAAACAAUUACUGUACAGAAUGUGAGCUUUGAUUUAAUGGAAAAUUUAGACUUCAGGGAUAACAUCAUUAAAGUGUCUUUUGAAUACAACCACCUCAUUGUUCUCACUUCAACACAGUGUUACAUUUACAGCACAAAAAAUUGGAAUACUCCCAUAAUUUUUGACUUGAAGGAAGGAAAUGUUUCUUUAGUAGUUCAAGCUGAAAAGCAUUUUCUGUUUGUGGAUGGUCAGAGUAUGUACAUUUAUAACUACGAUGGUCGCCUAGUGAGCUCUCCCAAGUGGCCGCUCAUGCGUACAGACUAUCUUAACCAAUCCACUGUUAGCUUGAGUAAUGAUACAGUUGCUGUGAGGAACAAAGGGGAUGAGAAAAUUAUUCAUAUCUUUGAUGCUGUGACUGGGAAAUAUGUACCAGACGGAAAACCCUUUACUCAUAAAAUGGAAGUUCUAGAGGUUGCACUAGAUCAGUGUGGUCCAUCCAUCAACAGAAGACUGGCAAUUGUUGAUAAGAACAGAGAUUUGUACCUGUUGAAUGUUAGAGCUUUACCCAAUGCCUCAAAAAAGAUAAUGAAGCUUGGUACAAUGAUGCAUUCAAUUCGAUGGAAUGAUAACUCAAAUAUGUUGGCUUCCCUUCAGGAUGGAAAGUUAAUGAUCUUCUACUACCCAGCAGUCGUCUUUGCCGAUAAGAAUUUAUUAGCUACAACUCUCAUGCAGAAGGAUGACAAUGAUUUUGGAAAGAAUCCCCAAAUAAUGAGCUUUGUGGGAAAUCACGUGAACAUCAGGAGAGCGGAUGGAUCCAUCCUGUCUUCUGCUACUUCACCCUACCCUUCUGUCCUUCAUGGUUAUGUCGCCUCCAAUAGAUGGGAUGAUGCUGUCAGGCUUUGUCGAUACAUAAAAGAUGAAACGUUGUGGGCUUGUUUGGCUGGUAUGUCCCUCUCAUCAAAAGAUCUAAAAACAGCAGAAAUUGCUUAUGCAGCUAUAAAAGAGUCAGACAAAGUGGAGUGUAUUCAGUACAUCAAAAAACUGCCACUGAAAGAUCUACAGACAUCAGAGAUGGCUCUCCUGAAUGGGAAUGUGAGAGAGGCAGAGUCUGUGCUGCUGGGAGGAGGCCUCUCAUUCAGAGCCAUCAUGCUCAACCUUCGCCUAUACAGGUGGGAUAGAGCUUUAGAGCUUGCUGCUAAGAAUGGAAAUCAUGUUGAUACAGUCUUGGCAUUUAGACAAAAGUAUUUAGAGACCUUAGACAUGCCUGAAGAUAAAUCAAAUUUCUUACAAUUAAUGAAAGAAGUUGAAGUGAAGUGGGAUGCGGUGAAUGAAAAAAUUGAAGAAGAAUACAAAAAGGAAAAAAAUAUGACUCCCUCAGAUCCUGCGGCGCGUCGAAGGACAUCACUGAUGCUUUGAGUCACCUUACUGGAAAUAAAUAUAUUUUUUACGACUUGUGCAAUAUUUUUGAAAAUAUAUUACAAAAUCAUUGUUUGCUUAAAUAACAUUAUGUAUCAUGACUAAUAAAAUAUCCUUUUGUUUU